CGCCCGCCCGUGAUUCUCGCGAGAGUGCGAGCGGAAGAUGGCAGAUGGCUCUUCCUCGUAGGGUGUGUGAGUGUGUGUCGUUUGUUUACCGUUCGAUGCGCGGCUCCGGUGCGUGUUUCAUUCCCGUCCGUCUCCGUUGAGUCACCGGACAGUGUUCAUGUUGUGCGGGCUGCUGUUUUCCACCGCUCAUCUGUGUAAAUAUGACGGGAGAGAAGAUCCGCUCGGUGCGCAAAGAGCGCAAGGCGGGUUUGGAUCUGCUGGAGCCGGACGAGGAGCCGGCGGACACCGGGCCGAUCAAAGCCAACCGGGGCAGCAAGAUCUUCAGCGGCGGCAGCAACCACAAGAUCAUCCGCUCCGCGUCGCAGCAGAACCAGAACCAGAACCGCGGCGACACUGACAGCGCGUAUCCCGUGCACGAGUGCGUGUUCAGGGGAGACGUGCGGCGCCUGUCAUCGCUCAUCCGCACGCAGAACAUCGCGCAGAAAGACCUGCACGGAAACACCCCCCUUCAUCUGGCGGUUAUGAUGGGUCAUAAAGAAUGUGCCCAUCUCCUGCUGGCCCAUAAUGCACCAGUGAAGGUGAAAAACGCUCAGGGAUGGAGUCCGCUCGCCGAGGCCAUCAGCUACGGAGACCGACAGAUGAUCACGGCUCUGCUGAGGAAGCUGAAGCAGCAGUCAAGAGAGAGUGUGGAGGACAAGAGACCCCGUCUGCUCAAAGCACUGAAAGAGCUGGGUGAUUUCUAUCUGGAGCUGCACUGGGAUUUCCAGAGCUGGGUGCCUUUACUCUCACGGAUUUUACCCUCCGACGCCUGCAAGAUCUACAAACAGGGCAUCAACAUUCGUUUGGACACUACACUGAUCGACUUCACCGAUAUGAAGUGUCAGCGAGGAGACCUGAGCUUCAUCUUCUGCGGUGACGCCGCUCCCUCCGAGUCCUUCGUGGUUCUGGACAACGAGCAGAAGGUUUAUCAGCGGAUUCAUCACGAGGAGUCAGAGAUGGAGACGGAGGAGGAGGUGGACAUCCUGAUGAGCAGCGACAUCUACUCCGCCACGCUCUCCACCAAAUCCAUCACCUUCUCCCGCGCCCAGACCGGCUGGCUCUUCCGAGAGGACAAAACCGAGCGAGUUGGGAAUUUCCUGGCGGAUUUCUACAUGGUGAACGGCCUGGUUCUGGAGUCCAGGAAGAGACGCGAGCACCUGAGCGAGGAGGACAUCCUGAGGAACAAGGCCAUCAUGGAGAGCUUCAGCAAAGGAGGGAAUAUCAUCGAGCAGAACUUCGAGCCGGUGAGGCGUCAGUCGCUGACCGCUCCAUCUCCGAACACUAUUUCCUGGGAGGAGUACAUCACCGCCGAGACGGGAAAGGCUCCUCAUCUGGGCCGAGAGCUCGUGUGCAAAGAGAGCAAGAAGAACUUCAAAGCAACUGUAGCCAUGAGUCAAGACUUUCCUCUGGGCAUCGAGUCGCUGUUAAAUGUUUUGGAGGUCAUCGCACCCUUCAAGCACUUUAAUAAACUCAGAGAAUUUGUUCAGAUGAAGCUUCCGCCUGGAUUCCCUGUCAAAUUAGACAUCCCGGUUUUCCCCACCAUCACUGCCACCGUGACCUUUCAGGAGUUCCGAUACGACGAGUUCGACAACUCCAUUUUUACGAUUCCCAACGACUACAAAGAGGAUCCCAGCCGCUUCCCAGACCUCUGAGCCGCUCCGCGUCCGCCUCACCCCGUCACCCCGUCUCCAUCUCUCCUCCCAUCCACACCGACACCUCCCUCCGGCCGCUUCUGAGUCCAGACGAUUGCAGAUGGAGACGUGCAGGAAAUACUUGACGUCGUACGGACACAAAGGGAUCGCGCUGAAGCGAGUGUGAAUCGGAAGCGGAGCGCAGCUGCACUACAUGAUGAAGCUCCGGACCGAGCUCCUCGCCAGGGAUCGGACGCGCGCCGCGGCGUCGGGAGCUCGGGCCGGCGCGGUACGUUAGAAACACGGAGCGUCGCUUCACAUCACCUCUGUAACUGGCAGGAAAUACGGCAUUAUAAAUUAUUACACGAGCCGCGUUUUCAUAUAUAUCUUUGUACAACUGUUACAAACUUGUAUACUUCACUUAAAGGAAACGUGUAUAUUUAGGAAAGAAGCGUCAGGAAGGCGUCUGUAUAUGAUUUGAAUUGUACGAAACUCGUCACAGAACACAAUGUAUAUGUCAUUUCUACAGACUCUCUUUGUGUAAAUACCACUUCCUUCUCUGGUUCUUUUGCUCGUUGCAUUAUGGGAAAUGGGCUCGUUCACUGUGCUUUUGUUCAGAUCGUUGGCUUUCUCGCAUCCUAGCGUUCACGAAGCGGAGGAUCGUACAGGACCGGACGCAAAUGUAGCAGAAACGUUUCGACGGACGGGACUUUCACCUUAUUUUCACCUUGAUAGAUGGAUGUAAAUACAUUCAAAUUUCAAUAUGUUUUCCAAUGUAGUAUAAUUGACAUGUAUAACUGACGAGUAUGUUUAUUGAGAUAUUAGUGUAAAACGUUUCCAGAGACGUUCGAUAAUAGGCUUCGAGAUACGGCGGCGACAUCUUUCCCGAGUGUUUUCCGUGUGUGUGUUUGCUGUGUGCAGAGGGAAAAGGAGCUCGCGUCACGUUGGCACCAGCAAUAUCCCGUUGGACAGUUUCCUCUUUUAUGUCUCUCGUGUUUCGUUUUUCCUCCUCCGAAUGGAAACGAGCCGCGACGCUUCCAUGACCCACUACUGGUUAGUGUGGAAACUCGUGUGUUUUGCUGUAUUCCUUUUUUAUUUUUGUUACCGGCUUCUUUUUCCUGUGUUUGACGUCAUUGUUUUUAGAGUUGCUUUAUGCCUUCGAUGCUCUUCAGAUUUGCUCCCAAAUGCAUUGAACUCCCGGACAUACAGCAGGAACCUUGUAUGAACCUGCUGCACUUUUACAUGACGAAUUGUAAUUAAUAAAAUGUCCACGUAUCAGUC